AUGGGCUGGAGGAUGCGGGGGCCCGGCCGCGCCGCCGCCACAAUCGGGCUCUGGCUCUUGGUGCUGGGUUCGCUCCUGGCGCUGUGGACCAGGCUCGUGCAGCGGGCGGAGCAGCGCCCCUUCCCCGGGCCGGGGCUUCUGCGCCCUGGGCGGAGCAGCGCGGAUCGAGCGGCGUCGCCGGCUCUGCUCCUCCCCCGUCUACGGCUGGGGGACGCCCGCGGCGGCCCCGCAAAAACUUUCCGGGCGCUGCUCACCGUGCCGGCCGCCGGGGAGAGCCCAUCUCAGCGCCUCCCGGAGCCGGCCGAGCGCAGGCAGCCGGGGCACGUGGAGGAGCCCCGGCGGGGCGGCCCAGCGGCCGUGCAGGGGGGGAUCUUCUGGAGCCGGGGCCUAGAGGAGCAGGUGCCCCGCGGCUUCUCGGAGGGGCAGGCGGCAUCCUGGCUGGAGGCGGCGCGCGGGGCCCGGGUGGUGGCCCUGGAACGCGGGGGCUGCGGGCGCAGCUCCAACCGGCUGGCUCGCUUCGCCGACGGCACCCGCGCCUGCGUGCGCUACGGCAUCAACCCAGAGCAGAUCCAGGGCGAGGCCCUGUCCUACUACCUGGCCCGGCUGCUGGGCCUCCAGCGCCACGUGCCCCCGCUGGCGCUGGCGCGGGUGGAGCCCCGGGGCGCGCAGUGGGCGCAGGUGCAGGACGAGCUGCGCGGAGCGCACUGGGCCGAGGGCAGCGUAGUGAGCCUGACCCGCUGGCUGCCCAACCUCACAGACGUAGUGGCUCCCGCGCCCUGGCGCUCGGAGGACGGGCGCCUGCGGCCCCUGCGCGGUGGCGGGGGCGAACUGGCCAACCGCAGCGAGCCCGAGCUUGUGGAGCUGGUGCAGUGGACCGACCUGAUUCUCUUCGACUACCUGACGGCCAACUUCGACCGCCUGGUCAGCAACCUUUUCAGCCUCCAGUGGGACCCGAGGGUCAUGCAGCGCGCCACCAGCAACCUGCACCGCGGCCCCGGAGGAGGGUUAGUCUUCAUAGACAACGAGGCAGGCCUGGUGCACGGCUACCGGGUGGCAGGCAUGUGGGACAAGUACAACGAGCCGCUGCUCAAGUCGGUGUGUGUCUUCCGCCAGCGCACCGCCCAGCUGGUCCUGGAGCUGCACCGGGGCCAGGACGCCGCCGCACGGCUCCUGCGCCUAUACCGGCGGCACGAGCCGCGCUUCCCGGAGCUGGGUGCCCUGGCCGAGCCCCACGCGCAGCUGCUGCAGCGCCGCCUCGACUUCCUUUCCAAACACAUUUUGCACUGCAAGGCCAAGUACGGCGGACUGUGACUUGGGACCGGAGCUGGGGGAGGGUGGGCUGAGAGAGGAGGGCAUGGAAAGGCGCAGGACAGCUGCACUUUGGAGUGAGGGUUGAAAGGUCUGCUCUUCUUUCAUCUGUCUGGGAGUUGUUGAGCCAACGCCCACUGAGUGACCCGAGCCAGAAGGCUUUCAAAGAUCUCUC